AUGGAGCAGAACCUUCAGAAUGUGCAGAAGAAGGUGAUGGCGCUGCUCGCGCCCAUGGACGACCCCAAAGUGACGACGAAGCAGGAGAUGGCGACGGCUCAGCAGAUCAAGAGACUCCUGCUGGAGUCGGACUUCGCCUACGAGGUGACGGAAGAUAAGGAGGCGUUCGCGCCUCAUCCAGAGAACCGCUACACCAUGGGCCUUGAGCCGAUGGACGUGCACGAUCUCUUGCAGCUGAUCGCCAACAAGGGAUGGUGCGACGACGCAGCCGCUGGAGCGACGGCGUUCGAGCUCAGCGAGGACCCGCAGACCAGGGCAAAGCAGCUGCAGUUCCAGGUGGCAGGGCGGGCCACGGGCGCCUGUUGGAUGUCUGGUAUGCUGUCGGGCAGAGUGGAUCUCGUGGCCCGCUCGGGCGAACUGCUUGCCCCGUUGGAGCCCCGCAAGGUCAAGUACCUGACGGUCGGUGGUUCCCACACGCUUGCUGGCAGCAGGUGCGUGCAUCACAGAUGCAAGAGCCACGUCGCAGCGCUGUGCACGGAGGACGGCAGGCUUUCUCGCGAGAAGGUCUUGGCCCAUUGCCCGACCUACGCUGUGCCGCUCGACCGAGGCAUGCACUUCACCAUCAUCAGGAAGGAAAUCGAGCAGGUGUGCCCAACGUUGCCAGAAUUUCUCCAGCGCGCUGGCAACGCCAAGCACGGAACGGAGAGGCAGCAAACGCAGAUUCAGUUGUUGUGCCAAAUACACCAGAUGGCGAUUGCCAACUACCAGAAGCACGGCGACUCCCGCUGGGACUACAUCGCGAGGGAGGUGAACAAGGUUCCCUCGGCCAAGGGCAUCGCGAUCGACCUGCGCGCAUACGUCCGCCAAUGGAGUGGCGGUUCGGCAGCCCCAUUUCUAGCGGAGCUGAAGGAGUUCGCGUCGAGCCUGACGGUGCGCCGUGAGAUCAAGGGCCCCGUGUGGAGGGCGUUGGCUAGCUUGGAGUUCUCGCAGGGGGCUGAGUACGUCACCUCGUGCGUGAAGGCGAUGAUGUGUUCGCCAGACCACUUCGCGCGCGAUGGCGAGUCGACCCUGCUGGCAUCGAGCGAUAUCCAGACCAUCAUCGGGAAAAAAAAAAUGAAGUGCACCGAGGCCGCGUGCAUGGCCCGCGCAGCUGCCGCAUUCGUGAAGGCUUUCCCCGAGAUCCCAAAGUCUGAUCGUGUGAAGCUGGUCGCGUCGAUGGAGACUCGCGCAGUCAUGAGCAUCCACGGCAAGAAGUCGCGCUGCAGGCAGCACUACGAUACGCUGAAGGGCGUCCAGGUCAUGUUCUUGCAGGAGUUGUACCAGCUGCAUCCCAGCGCCAGGUCGAUGGACCCGCCUUUCUCCGUCGACGGCGCCUCGAGGGUUCAAGCCAUGGACUCCAACGCCAGCGCCAGUGGCAUGCGCGAGUUCGCAGGUGCGUCCAUCAGCGUGGACGGGGCCAAGGCCAUGGGCUACACAGUCGGGUGCAUCCUGAAGCCGCGCGCCACCGACGCCGAGUCCAAGCCGAUGGUGCUCGUGAACUUUGUCGGCCAGGAGGUG